UUGUAGAGCCACGUGUCAGGAGACCCUGCCGUCUCACUUGCACACACGUCACGGCGAGGUUUGAACGCUGGCGGCUCUGGUGUGGGACUGGACUGAUGGUCACUUCAGUGAGGGGCGGGCACUGUGCGCGGGAGCUGGCUCUGAUUGGGGAAUUGAGCAAAUGUUCCGAGACGCCGACCCAAUCGGCGAGAGGGCAGAUCGCGCGUGACAGCCGGGCCCGGCCCCACACGGCUCCUCAUGCAGCCCGCGCGCGGGGAGCGUCCGAUCAGCGGAAGCCGAGCGGCGCUCACAGGUGCGAGAGCGGAAGCGAGUCUAGUCUGGUCUGAUCUGGCUCCACUCACCUUUGGGCCCGGCCACCGUGAUCGCGCUGGAAGCUCCCGGGUUCUUCCUCAGUCUCAACUGCAGAAUCGGGAAUGGAGCGGAGCGCCGCGCCUCCUCACCCCUUCUUUCCUCGGGACCUGGUGAUUCCGUCCUACGUGCCCAAUGACCGCUCCAUGUGGGAGAUCCUGGCCUUCCUCUUCUGUGCCUCGGGGGUCUUCCUGGCGCUCACCUGGCUGAUCACGGCUGGCCUGGGCUCGUGGAGGCGGCUGGCCUUGUCCUGGUUCGCGAUCUGCGGCUUCAUCCACGGGGUGAUCGAGGGCUGGUUCUCCCUGUAUCACGACGUGAUUCCCGGUGACCAGAGCCUUCUGUCGCAGCUGUGGAAGGAGUACGGCAAAGGGGACAGCCGGUAUAUGAUAGAGGACAACUUCACCAUCUGCAUGGAGACCGUCACCGCCUGCCUGUGGGGCCCUCUGAGCUGCUGGAUCGUGUUCGCCUUCCUGACCAACCAGUCCUACAGAUUCGUCCUCCAGCUCGUGGUCUCCUUGGGCCAGCUCUACGGCGCCGUGCUCUACUUCUUCACCGAGCACCGAGACGGCUACUCGCACAGCCAGCUGGGACACCCCGUCUUCUUCUGGUUCUACUUCGUCUUCAUGAACUCGCUGUGGAUCGUGAUCCCACUGGCGCUCAUCGUGGAUGCGUGGCGUCAGAUGUCGACUGCGCAGGCGCACGCAGACAAGCCGCUCAAAUCCAAGAAGAAGUGAGAAGCAACGACGCUGUGUGACUCCAAGUUUUCCAUGGCUGAAGAUCUGAAUAAACACGUGUGUCGCUUGAGGUUCACUUUUGCUUCGCGAGGCAAUAAAGCACGAGCGCUCCGGACGCGCCACGAGAGCAACAGCGCUCAGGUAACUGUCGACGGUCACCGCCGAAACGGCUCGGCAGGGUCAGACCAUGCUGGCACGAGCGCGCCAAAAUCAUGCACCAAGUGAAGGAAAGUGCCGACUGAAAGAAUUUCAUCAUGAAGAGUGGAAAAAAAAGUGCUUCUUUGAAAUGCAAAAAGAAGAGGGGAUACAUCUUUAGAAUCGAAUGUUGGACAUCGGAAGAUAUGCGAUCACACAACAUGAGGAGAAGAACAUAUGGGGCUUUUUUUCAAGUUCAUUGAAAAACCAUCUCGAAACUUGGUUUCAUUUUUUUGGAUGAGGAUGACUCUGAAGAUAAUUUUUUACGAGGAACCCAACUGAUAACAAUUAAAGAAGGAAUAAUUCACCAUUUUAAUGACUGAUGUAGCUUCUCCAAAAGUAUCAUUUAAUUAUGCACAAAAGUAAGUUUAAGUUGUAAUAAUAAAACUAAAUAAAUGAUCCGAAAGAGAGCCUCGAGAAACUGAAAAACGAAACAAAAGAGAAGAAACUUGUUUGAAUUAUACUUUGUAAAACACUUUUGGUUGAUAUGUGUGUGCUGAGAGGGGAAAAAGA